CUAGUUGAGUCAACAAUAAAUAUGGCUUUCUACAGUUAUAAUUCAGUCUUAGUUAUCGCUCGAACAAGAUUCCCAUUUAAAUAAGACAUGUAUGAAGAGCUAUGGAAGCAGGAAGUACUCCUACCCUAGUCAGUCAGGCAAUAAAACACUUCACUUGCCAACUCGACUAAUACAAAAGCUACACACAUCAACUUGCUGGCUACGAGAGGUUCCUAGUAAACCUCAGCUGGAGCAAACCACAGAAAAGCUACAGGCGAAAAACUCUCAUCCCACAAAAGAAACUGGCACAAAGAUUAAAGAAGGAAAACGAUCUUAUACACAAAACAUUGUGGAUGAACUUAAAUAUUAUUACAAUGGAUUCAACUUACUUUGGAUUGACACCAAAGUUGCUGUCAGAAUGGUUUGGAGGCUGUUGCAUGGACAGGUGCUGACCAGACGAGAGAGACGAAGGUGUUUCUGAAACUCUUCCCCGAGAUGUUGCCAUCCACUUUUGAAACGGAAUCCAAAAAGGAAGAAAAACAGAAAAAGAAAAUGGCUGCAAAGUUGGAAAUAGCAAAAUUUCUUCAAGAAACAAUUACAGAAAUGGCAAGGAGGAACAGAGCCAAGUUGGGAGAUGUCUCUACACAACUGUCGUCCUACGUCAAGCAGGUCCAGACAGGGCACAAGCCUAGCACAAAAGAGAUAGUUCGGUUUUCCAAAGUAUUUGAGGACCAGCUAGCUCUGGAGCACUUAGAUCGACCUCAGCUGGUUGCCCUUUGCAAACUGCUAGAACUGCAGACUUUUGGAACCAACAAUUUGCUCCGCUUUCAGCUCCUAAUGAAACUGAAGUCCAUAAAAGCAGAUGAUCAAAUAAUUGCCAAAGAAGGGGUGAGGACUUUGAGCGUGUCAGAACUACAGGCUGCCUGUAGGGCCCGAGGGAUGAGAUCACUGGGUCUCACCGAGGAGCAAUUGCUACAACAGCUCACAGAGUGGCAAGACCUCCACCUGAAGGAGAAUGUCCCCCCUUCCCUUCUGCUCCUGUCACGCACCUUCUACCUGAUCGAUGUGAAGCCAAAGCCCAUUGAGAUCCCACUAAGUGGGGAGGCUGUAAAGACAGAUAUUCCUGUGGAAUCACCUGUUUCCCCCAAAUCUAAAGAAAACCUGGCGGAUUUUGCACUUCAGCUGAAGGGAACUAAGGAUGAAAACUUGAUACCAUCACAGCCAGUUAUACCAUCACCUAUAAAACCAUCAAAGCCUAUUUCAUUACCUAAAGGAUCCAUUGCUUCUUCUAAAGAAGCUACACUCCAGGUCAAAUCACAAGAGACAUCUCAGAACAGCAAGUCUAGUUCAAAAGGAGCAUGAGGACUACUUGAGGGCAGAGCUCUCUCUCUCCAGCUUCCGGCCCUCAGCAGUCCCACCUUCCAGCGAGGACUGUCUGUCUGGCUUGAGCUAGAGGAUCAGAUAUGUAGCCCUUGGGGCUAGUCCUUUGAAGCCUUGUACCAAGCCUUGUAUCCAAGUGAUUUCAGCAGUGAGGCCAAGUUCAGACCAUUUAGAGAACUAGAACUGCCAA